UGCCGAUGCUAUUACCAGUGCUCCUAUUGCGGAUAUCAUUGCUGCCGCGCAUGACGCUGGUGCUUCCUUGCAGCAAGCAGUCGCUGUGGCCGAUGCCGCGUCGUCGGGUGUCACGGGCAGCUGCAACCCCGGCACCUAUCGCCGUUGUCAUUCAAACGGCGUUGGAUUCGGGUGCGAGCUUGAACCAAGCCGCCAUCAUUGCCACAGCAGUGGAAUCCGGUGCCAGUCAAGUUGGCAUCCUCAGUGCGGCGCUCGCGGCGGGUGUCUCCCCCAAGGAUGCCAUUGUCAUUGCCUCGGCUGUGGUCUCAAGCAACGGCUCUGGCACGGGCGCUAGCCCCGAGCAAGCUGCGGUGCUCGCAGUCGCGAUCCAAACCGGUGCGACUGAGGCUGAGAUUGCCGACAUUAUCAAGAACAACGGCGUCGGCUCAUUGAAGGCUGACAUCAUCGCCUCGACGCUGAGUGCGCUUAGCCCUGGCAGCGCGACCAACAUUGAAAAGGUCGACGAGCCUGAAAAGAUCAUCUCGAACAGCGAGGACGCCGGUAUUCCGCCGGGAGUCGCCGCGGAGAUCGCUGUUGCUGCCGGUCAGGGCGAGACAAAGCAGCAAAUCGAGCAACUUGGCGUUGACGCUGGUAUCUCGGCCCAGAUCGUGUCGAACAUUUUUGCCGGCAUCUCCACGGGGUCCCACAAAUCCGAGCCGGAACCGGCCACCGACGACAACACGUUGCCUGCGUAUCACUUUACGCCGGCGCCGACGGCCGUGGGCACCGAAGUCGACACGCCAUCCACGACCGGCGGUGUGUUCCAAAACAUUGUCGCCUAUUUGACGUCGGCGCCCGCGAAGCCGAGCCUCCGAUCGCGUCCGCAGUGCGCGCCGACGGCGUAA